UUUAGGACCACCCGUUGGACAGGUCUAUUUGUCGGUCACGUUACGUCUUGUCACUGUUUUCUGGAUUCCAUACAAGAGCUCCAUGGCUUGAUCAACAUAGGUCGCACCACUUGCGACUUCAAUCUUAGGACCCCGGUAAAACGUAAGGGAACGAAAAACUUCCGACUCGAUGGGGUCACGUGGCUGUGUAUGUAUAGGACGAUGAUGAGCUCGCUAGGCAGGCCUCGCGUUUGGAGGCUGUUUUCGAGCUCGAGCAUGCCAUGGGCUGAUCACGGACGUGUCCUGUUCCAAGGGACGAUGCCGGAUCACUUUGCCACUACUGAGUCCGAUGUGGCGGGUCGUCCGAGCAUGCCCGAGGUUAACUCGCGAUUGAAGGAGCUGGUGAAACUCGGUCAGUUGUGCGAUGCUCGCAGGAUGUUCGACGAUAUGCCUCGCCGGGAUGAGAUUUCGUGGACCACGAUGAUUUCCGGAUAUGUCACUGCCAUGAACGCCGGCGAGGCUCUGGGCUUGUUCCUGAAUAUGUGGGUUGCGCCGGGGCUCAAGAUGGACCCUUUCAUCCUCAGUCUCGCGCUCAAGGCCUGUGGACUCGACGUGAAUCUGAAACUUGGCGAGUCAUUACAUGGGUAUGCUGUGAAAUCGGGACUAAAGAACUCCGUUUUUGUGGGCAGUACCCUUUUGGACAUGUAUACUAAAACGGGCAGAACCGAGCUAGGUUGUUGGGUCUUCGAUGAGAUGCCGCUGAGAAAUGUCGUUUCUUGGACCGCCAUCAUCACCGGACUAGUUCGUAGUGGUAAUUGUAGGGAGGGGUUGUCGUACUUCUCCAAAAUGUGGAGAUCGAAGGUGCAAUGUGAUACAUAUACAUUUGCCAUUGCGCUGAAGGCAUGUGCUGAUUUGGGUGCUUUGGACCAGGGGAGGGAGAUACACACUCACACUGUAAAGAAAGGAUUCGAUGAAACCUCAUUUGUUGCCAAUACCCUCGCGACAAUGUAUAACAAGUGUGGAAAGUUGGAUUAUGGAUUGCGAUUGUUUGAAAGGAUGCCAACGCGAGAUGUGGUUUCUUGGACCACAAUAAUUACUACAUACAUUCAGAUGCGUCAGGAGGAAUCUGCCAUCAGAGCUUUUCUAAAGAUGCGAGAAUCAGAUGCUAGCCCUAAUGCAUACACAUUUGCUGCAGUUAUAUCUGGUUGUGCCAAUCUCACCAAAAUUGACUGGGGCGAACAAUUGCAUGCCCAUGUUCUAUGCAUAGGUCUUUUCAGUUCUCUUUCAGUGGCAAACUCCGUUAUGACAAUGUACUCCAAGUGUGGACAGUUGAAUUCAGCUUCAAUUGUUUUUAAUGAAAUGACAAUGAGGGAUGUGGUUUCAUGGAGCACAUUGAUCGCGGGGUAUUCAAAUGGACGAUGCGGUGAGGAUGCUUUUGAGCUUCUAUCACUAAUGAGAAGAGAAGGACCAAAGCCAACUGAGUUUGCUCUUGCUAGCAUCCUGAGUGUGUGUGGAAAUAUGGCUAUCCUUGAUUCAGGAAAGCAGCUGCAUGCUCAUGUCCUGCUGAUUGGUUUAGAACAUACGUCUAUGAUACAAAGUGCUCUAAUUAACAUGUAUGGCAAAUGCGGGAGUGUAAAAGAAGCAUCACGAAUCUUUGAUGUGGCAACAAACAAUGAUGUCGUGUCUUGGACGGCAAUGAUAAAUGGAUAUGCUGAACAUGGAUACAGCCAUGAAGCAAUUGAUUUAUUUGAGAAACUGCCUGCAGUGGGCUUGAGACCGGACCCUAUCAGCUACAUUGGUGUUCUUACGGCCUGUAGCCAUGCCGGGCUGGUUGAUCUUGCAUUUCGUUAUUUUGAUACAAUGAGCGUGAAGCACCAGAUCAUUCCUACAAAGGAACACUAUGGCUGCAUGAUUGAUCUCCUUUGUCGUGCUGGUCGCCUAAUUGAGGCAGAGAACAUUAUCAAAAUCAUGCCAUUCAAACGGGAUGAUGUUGUUUGGUCAACUUUGUUGAGAGCGUGCAGAGUCCAUGGUGAUGUUGACCGUGGAAGGCGCGCUGCUGAGCAAAUUCUUGAGAUCGAUCCACAUUGUGCUGGAACUCACAUUACGCUGGCUAACAUAUAUUCUGCCCAAGGGAGAUGGAGGGAAGCGGCAGAUAUAAGGAAGACGAUGAAGUCUAAGGGAGUAAUUAAGGAGCCUGGCUGGUCCUGGAUCAAGGUGAAAGAUCGUGUAUCUACAUUUGUAGCUGGUGACAGGACUCAUCUAGAGUGUGAAGAAAUAUACAAUAAUUUGGAUUUCUUGAGUCUGGAUGAAAUUGAUUUCAAUGAUGUGGAUAUAUUUCUGGAUGAUGUUGGAGAUUGAAGAAGCAAUGCUUCAUCUUUCAUUACAGUUGAGGUCAGCUCUAUUAAUUUUGACUGGCUAGAUCUUGCGAAGACACAGAUAUGUGGGGAAACCAUUGCUGGUCAUGAGCAACAACUGACAACGGCGUGGAAUAUGCUAGUUGUCCUUUGUGAAAGAAUCAUUUUGGAGACUAUCUCAAAGGUCGAAGCAGUAUGAGGUCAUCAAAUCGUCCACUACUCAAAAGUCUCCUAAGCAUACUGCAGGGCUUUUGGUUUUCGGGAGGGGAUUGCUCUCUCAAAGGCGAGCCCCUACAGCGUGAGAAGAUAACUUUUUUCCCCUUUGUCGCAUACUAAUUAUGCUGGAGAUUUGUCACAUAGUAUUCCGGUUUCCACAUUGGUCACUGGACGGUAAGAGUUUAAGCACAUUGACGAUUCAUAGGUUACUUAGUGCUGAGAUUGUGAUCUUCGUUCCAGGAUGCCUCUCGGUAAAUUAAGGUUUGGAAGUUUGAAGCAGGAUGAUGGUCUUUCAGACUUAAGGGAUCAUAGGGAUUUUUUCUUUUCUCAACUGGGUUGAUUCUAUUGAAUGGAAUUGACAUAGGAUCACGUUUUCUGAGGAAGCUCAUGAUAAUGAGUGAUUGAGACACUAUUUUGAAGUGUUUUUUUUCCAACUGAGUUUUGAGGAAUAACUUUAUGAAGGUUGGCUGUAGAAGUUGUGGAUAUUUCGUAAUUUAAAGGGAGGCACUUUUUCUUUCUUUUUGAUAUUCAGAUGUUCUAAUCAUAAAAAGGCUGAAAAGGCUGAAACGGCAUUAUUUUUCUUUACUAGAUCAUUGUAAGAGGGUCUGUAUUGUCGAUAAUUUUCCAGGAUGGAUCUGUUUCUGCAUUAUUUUCACCUUUAAACUCUAUUGGACUUUUAUUUGCUAUACAACUUGCCGGAGCAAAACAAAGUUUACAAAAGCUGUGCUGGAACUUGAUGUUCUUGGAUUAUGGUGAAGGACUGUGUGUCCACAUUUGUGGCUGGUGACAGAUCUCAUUUACGGAGUGAACAACUAUGCAACGUUCUGAAUUUUUUUGGGAGAAACUAGUCUUGAGGAUGCGGCUUCCCUCAUGAUGUUGAGGACUUAAACGGAGCAUCCUUUCACUGUUCCAUUUAGAUGGGCUCUUCACCAGUAUUUUUAGUUACCAGAGUUGGCAGCAGAAAAGGUGCGACAGGAAAAGCUGAUUUUGCCCAAUAUUUGUCUAAAGCAACAGGUAGAAGCAGGUGAUGGUUUUGGGGAACCAGAGGAAUACAUUUUAUGCUGAGUGAAACCGCUGCUUAUGCCAGUGGCUUCAAUACCUAUUGGUUGAUGUACACAGCUUCUGACCCUUCAGAUGUAUAAAAAUGCAGCUGCAUUCGUGAAGCUUCAAGCCAUGGCCUCACUGUUGCAAGAACAUGGGCUUUCACUGAUGGUGGUUACGGACCUUUACAGCACUCUUCCGGUUCCUAAUAUGAAUAAAUGUUUUCAGAUGCCCAGCACAUCCUCAGGAAGCCAUCAGCUUCCUGACCGAGUUCAGUCAAUCGUGGAGGGAUCCUGGUUUCAGCACUCACCCGAAAUAUCAGCUUGUCAACGCAGUAUGCUAUCAAGCUUUGGCUCCAAGAGGCAGAGCGGUCGCAGGAAGCUCACUCUGGCAACUUUUAAUUGAAAGCCUUGUCUCUACCACGAGCCAGUUAUGAAAUCAUCCUGAGCCAGAGCCCCUCAAAUGCAAGUUUCAUCGCAUAUCAGUCCCACAAGUUGUAUCAGAUCUGUAAGAUUUCAGCGAGGAUGAUAAACAUUGAGGACUUGAAAAGAGCACAGGCUGCAUGUAGCAUGGGAAGGCGCGUUGGGAGCUGUAAACGGUGGGUUUUUAUGUGGAAAGUUAUAGGGUUUCCAUGUAAAUAUAAAGAGUUAACGACAGUAAAUACGUUGAGAAGAGGUAUCCUCUCUCUCUGUGAUUAGCUGUUUGUUGACCCUUAGGCUAGCUGAAAAUAGUAUCAAUGGAUGAUGUUUAUGAGUUUCUGCUCUUUUGGA